CAUUACUUUUCAGGUCACAAAAACAUUUGUAAUAUUAUUUCCCCUGGGUCGCUAUUGCUUUCAGCCAAUGGACAGCUUGCUUUUAAGAGUAAUGCAUUGGGGGAGGAACUUUGUACCUUCAAAGCUCCUGAAAUGCUUCAUGGUCGAGCAAGUACUGCACAUUUGGCAAUGGAAAAGAUGCUUGUUUAUUCCCUGGGAAUGACGCUUUAUUGGUCUGUUGACUACCAAGUUCCUCAAAACCAGCACAUCAAACUGAGUGAUCCACUGAAUUGCCUUUUGCUCAGCAUGUGUGAAGACAUGGCCCAGAGGAGGUUGUCUCUGCAAACCAUUUUAGAAGUUUGUGAAAUACAUAAUAAAACAUCUGUUUUACACAAGCCUAGCAGGGUUAUCAAGCAACUGGUGGAAGAAGUCCUUCAAAACUCAGUAGACCAUGUGUCCUUUUCAGAAAAUACUGUGCCUUUGGUUGAACGGACUCAAAUAAUCAGGCAAAGACUUCAUGGUAGUCACAGACCUCAUUCAGGGUACAGUGACACAAUCCGUGCUUCUGGAGAAAGUUUGUCUACAGAUACAGAAACAAAGCAAGGAAAUACGCACCAGCCUUCUGCUUGGGCAUCUGAUAGUAAAAGAUUAACAGCCAGUUCGUUUAUGGCAUGCCCAGACAGGUAUGAAAAAAUAACUAACCAGUAUGAGUUUGAGAUCUUCAUAAUUGUAGGAAAUUAUCGAACCCGAGUGUCAUUCUCCUCAGCUGUCAAUCUUUCAGUUAUUUGAAUAGCAGGUUACCCCUAUUGAGGUUACCCCUUACUUGAGCAAGUAAGUCGUGAUGUCACAAAACAAGUUGGCCCCAAUUCCCAGUUACACGUCAGUUUUAAUGUUUUUAUUUCCGGUCGACAAUCUAUGAAAAGAUUGAUCAGGCCUCUCUGCAGGAGGUGAGUCUCUACGAGAAAACGACAGAAUACCAAAACACUUUUUCAUGAAAAAGAAUGUACA